AUGAGGACACCAGGGACAGGAUGGGGACACCAGAACUGGGAAUGGGGACACCAGUAUCCCUGUUCCCACCUACAGGUCCUCCGACUGGCCAUCCGGGUCCUGGUGCUCUUCCGGAGCCACCAGCAGCUCUGUGAUGGAUCCAUCACUCCUGGGGUUCUCGUCACCUUCCUGCUGUACCGGGACACGGUUGGCAGCCAUGUCCAGGUGCUGCUCAUCGGCUUCAAUGAAUUCAUGACCAAUGUGGCUGCUGGGCAGAAAAUCUGGGAAUACCUGGAUCAGGAACCCACGAGGGACAUGGGGGGGACAUUGGAGCCCUCCAAGCUCCGGGGCGACGUCACCUUCCAGAGGGUCUGCUUCACAUAUCCCGGGCAUCCGGAGCGCCCUGCGCUGAAGGACGUGUCCUUCGAGGUGCGUUCCGGGGAGGUGACGGCACUGGCAGGGCCCAACGGGAGCGGGAAGAGCACAGCCGUGGCACUGCUGGAGCGGCUGCGGGAUCCUGGGAGCGGGAAGGUGCUGCUGGAUGGGAUCCCACUGCAGGAAUAUGACCACCAGUACUUACACCGGCAGGUGGUGCUGGUGGAGCAGGAUCCUCUCCUGUUUUCCGGAACGAUCCGUGAGAAUGUUGUGCUGGGGCUGGAGCGCUGCGAGGAGUCGGAGCUGCGGGAGGCGGCCACUGCUGCCGGAGCCAUGGAGUUCAUCCAGGGGCUGGAGCACGGCUGGGACACCGAGGUGGGGGAGUUCGGGGGGCAGUUGGCGGCAGGGGAGCGGUGUCGCCUGGCCCUGGCCCGGGCCCUGCUCCGGCGUCCGACCGUCCUCAUCCUCGACGAGGCGCUGGAUGACGGAGACGAGGGGGCGGCGCAGCGCUGGGUGCGCACUGGGCUCGCCCGGACCGUGCUGGUCGUCUCCCACCGGCCGCGGGUGCUGGAAGCGGCCGAUCGCCUCGUGGUGCUGGAGCGCGGGGCCGUGGCGGAGGCGGGAACGCCGGCGGAGCUGCGGGAACGCCACGGGGCCUACAGCCGCCUGCUCCAGGGCGGAGGUGGGACCGGGCGGCCGGACGCCACGGGAGAGGGAGGCAGGGAAUAAAGGGGAAUUGGUGUCCCCAUUCCUGGUGUUUGUGUCCCAUUCCUGUCUCUAGUGUCCUCAGUCCCUGUGUCCUGUGGGUCCCUCAUCCCCCCAUCCCCUGGAUCCCCACUCCCUGUGUCCUUUUGAUUCUCCUCCCCAUUCCACCAGGGAUGGGAAGCAGGGAGGGUUCAGCAAGGGGCUUAAUUUCCAGCUGGGCUUAAAACUACAGCAGUGGGGACAUGAGGGUCACAUGGUGGGCAGGGACACAGGGAACACAAGGACCAAAGUAAAACUUGUAUGUUUAAAACAGUUUAAUAAUUGUAAAUAAAGUAAAAUGCAAUAAUAAUGGUAAAUGAUAAUAAUAAUGAUAACAAA